AUGGUCGACCCUACUCUAGCAGAAAUGGGAAAGAAUCUGAAUGAAGCAAUGAAGAUGCUAGAAGAUAAUCAAAGGAAAGUGGAAGAGGAAAAUGAAAAGAAGUAUGUGCGGAAGGAUAUUCCUGGACCACUCCAAGGCAGCGGCCAGGAUAUGGUGAGCAUACUGCAGUUAGUUCAGAACCUAAUGCAUGGAGAGGAAGAAGAGGAAACUUCACAGGCCUACCGACUUCAAAAUGUUGGUGAACAGGGUCACAUGGCUCUACUGGGACAUAGCCUGGCUGCUUACAUAUCAGUGCUGGACAGGGAAAGACUGAGAAAACUUACGACAAGGAUCCUUUCUGAUACUACUCUCUGGCUCUGCAGGCUUUUCAGGUAUGAAAAUGGAUCAGCGUAUUAUCACGAAGAUGAUCGUGAAGGUCUCCUAAAAAUCUGUCGACUUGUUAUUCACACACGCUAUGAAGAUUAUACAGUAGAAGGAUUUAACGUGCUGUAUACUAAACAGCCUGUCAUAUACAUUAGUUCUGCAGCUAGAACAGGCUUGGGCCAAGCUCUCUGCAAUCAGCUAGGGUUACCCCUUUCUUGCAUGUGCCGUGUGCCUUGUAACACUAUGUUUGGAUCUCAGCAUCAAAUGGAUGUUGCUUUGUUGGACAGAUUGAUUAAAGAUGAUGUUGAGUCUGGAAAACUGCCUUUGUUGCUUGUGGCCAAUGCUGGGACACCAGGUGCUGGGCACACAGAUAAACUUGGCCGACUGAAGGAACUUUGUGAGCAGUAUAACAUGUGGCUCCAUGUAGAAGGUGUGAAUUUGGCAACUUUGGCUUUGGGUUACGUCUCCUCUUCUGUACUGGCUGCUACAAAAUGUGACAGCAUGACUCUUACUCUGGGUUCCUGGCUGGGUCUCCCAGCUGUGCCUGCAGUGACACUGUACCGGCAUGAGGAUCCAUCUUUGUCCUUAGCAGCUGGGCUGACAUCGAGUCAGCCCGUAGAGAAGCUCCGUGCCCUGCCAUUGUGGCUCUCCUUGCAGUACCUGGGCCACGAUGGGAUUGUGGAGAGGAUAAAGCAUGCUUCACAACUAAGUCAAAGGUUGCUGGAAAACUUGAAAAACCUGGAUUUCAUUAAAACUUCGGUUGAAGAUGAACUGAGUUCACCAGUGGUGGUUUUCAAGUUCUUCCAGGAAUAUUCAAAUAGAGAUCAAACCUCACAUGCUGCACAGGCCUCAACUAUUCAGCACCCCAUAAUAAGCAACGAAAGACACAUUUAUGACACUUUCAAUCAGUGGCUAGGAGAGCAGCUGGCACAGCUGGUUCCUGCCAGUGGCGUUGAUGUGGUAGAACUGGAAGAUGAAGGCACAUGUGUGCGUUUUAGCCCACUAAUGACUUCUGCAGUUUUAGGAACUGAAAUACAAGAUGUUGAUCAGUUAGUAGACUGCUUAAAAAUGAAGAUACCGGUAUUGACAAGUACACUGCAACUGAGAGAGGAAUUUGAGCAAGAAGUGAGAAGAACAGUAGGCCUGUUGUAUAUUGAAGAUCUCAGCUGGCCAGGAUUAGGUGUUGUAAGAUACAGCCAUCACAGUGAUGGGAAGAAUGAUGACAAACAAGAAAAAGAACUAGAAAAAAUCAAUACAGAACUUCUGAAAAAAUUAAAUGAACUGGAGUCGGAUCUCACUUUUUCUUUGGGUCCAGAAUUCGGAGGGCAGAAGAACUGCGUUUAUAUUGGCAUGGUGACUGAGGAUCUGGACGUAUCCGAGUUAGUUGAAACUAUUGCAGCAACAGGCAGAGAAAUUGAAGAAAACUCGAGACUGUUGGAAAACAUGACUGAAGUUGUUAGAAAAGGGAUACAGGAAGCACAACUUCAGCUUCAGAAAGCAAAUGAAGAGCGACUUCUGGAAGAGGGACUGCUCCGACAAAUACCUGUAGUAGGCUCUGUGCUGAACUGGUUUUCUCCGUUCCAAGCCUCCCCAAAGGGAAGAACAUUUAAUUUAACAGCAGGCUCUCUAGAAUCCACAGAAUCUACGUAUGUAUCAAAAGCCCAAGGAACGGGCACUACUCCACCACCAACUCCUACUUCCAGCCUUGCAAAGCAAAGACUUCCAGGUCAGAAGAUUUUUAAAAGGUCCCUAAGAAGUUCUGACGGGCUCAGUGAGACCAGCUCGGUCAGCCACUGUGAUGACCUGGAGAAGCUGGAUCAGAGACCCCCAGCGCUGCUCCCGGGCCAGGAGCAAGGACCUUUGGAGACAGAGAAAACAGAGGAGCGGAAGGAGGCGGCACAGGUGACAAAGGCAGAGGCCGAGGACGUUCCAAGGGACAAAUCGCCCCACGACUGCACGAAGGCAGAGGAACAAGAAAGUCAAAGAUAA